AUGCCCAAGGCCGCAGACCUCGUCAAAAAGGCGAUUGAGCUCGUCGACAAGCAAGAAGGCAACAAGAAGCGCCAGGAAGAAUUUGAUAAGCAACUGCAGCAGAUGAAGCUGAUUUUGUUUGGUGCUGAUGGAGGAGCUGCAUCAACCGAGGCCUGCGCCCAGCUGGCCGCAGCAGUUGAAGCCAAUCAUGCUCUCUUUGAGUUUAUUCUCAACCUCAAUCAGAUGGAUUUUGAGGGCAAGAAGGACGUGGUCCAGAUCUUCAACCGCUUGCUGAAGCGUGAGAUUGGGGACCGCACCCCGACGGUGGACUAUAUCUGCACUGUCAAGCCUGAGAUUCUGACGAAGCUCUGCCAGGGCUAUGAAGACCCUGCCAUUGCCCUCAGCACGGGUAUGAUGCUGCGCGAGUGCAUCAAGUUUGAGCCCCUGGCCAAGAUCAUCAUGCAUUCCGAUGAGCUCUUUUACAAGUUUUUCGAGCAUGUGCAGCUGAGCCAGUUCGAUCUGGCGUCAGACGCCUUCUCCUCGUUCAAGGAUUUGAUGACCAAGCACAAGGUUUUGGCGGCGACCUUCUUGGAGAGCAACUAUGACAAGUUCAUGGAGCAUUAUGAUACACUGCUCAAGUCGGAAAACUACGUGACCAAGCGCCAGAGCCUGAAGCUCUUGGGUGAGCUGCUCCUGGACCGCGCCAACUUUACGACCAUGACCAAGUACAUUAGCAACAAGAACAAUCUGAAGCUGAUGAUGACACUGCUGGGCGACAAGAGCCGCAACAUUCAGUUUGAGGCCUUCCACGUGUUCAAGGUGUUUGUGGCCAACCCGAACAAGGAGCCGGAAAUCUUGAGCAUCCUGCAACGGAAUCGCGAGGCCUUGCUGGAAUUCUUGGCUGAUUUCCAUAACGAUCGUGCCGAGGACGAGCAGUUUGUGGAUGAGAAGGAAUACCUGAUGAAGCAGAUUCGCGAGCUGUAG